AUGGUCAUCUCCCUAUCCCUCGUCCCUGCACACACUCCACCACUGUUCUGGUCAUGUGUCGGCCUGUACGCGGACGCGGUCAAGCUGCUCUCUCCGAGCAGGAGGUUGCAGACACUCGCCGAAGAGAUAGCCAGAUACAGCCGAAGACCUCCCGAGACACACGAGCAGGCCUUGCUGAGACGCAUGCAGCAAGCCGAAACCUUGACCGAGUAUGAGAACUGCACCAUCGACUUGGACAAUCUGCAAGGGCACGAGGCAUGGAAGAAAGAGACGGAGUCCAUUGAGCCCGGCUACAAUCCUGACGUGAUCGAGAGCCAAGUCAUCCGGUUGAAGAACGCCGUGGCCGAUCAGGACCUGGAUGCCAUGCAGCACCUGCUUAGAACAGGGCUCAGUCGGGACCUGGGAGGCAUGAACAUGUCGCGACUCUACAAACAUUCGUGGUUCGGCACCAAGUUUCUGAUAGACGACUACAUCAACACCGUCUUGGAAACCAUCCAGACCUUUGCCGAAACCAGUAUUCGCACCAACGUCCCCACCGCCGAGGUUCGACUCCAUCAGCAAUCGUUAGAAGACGCACUGAAGUUCUUUGGGCGUUCGGCUCUGACUUUAUCGGGCGGAGCACUUUUGGGGAUGAAGCACAUUGGCGUGGUCAAGACGCUGUGGGAAGCAGAGUUACUACCCGAGAUCAUUUCGGGCGCGUCGGCAGGGAGCAUUGUGGCCGGCAUCGUGGGAAGUAGCACCGAUGAGCGCAUGGCGGAAGUGCUCGAAUAUUUCCCCUUUUCUGACCUGGCCGUCUUUGACCCUCCAGGGACUGGCAGCGCGGGAUGGCUCGUACAACGGCUUCACACUUUCUUGCGGACGGGGGCUUUCUUCGAAAUGGACAACCUGAAGCGAGUCAUGAAAUCGUGGCUGGGUGACAUCACCUUUCGAGAAGCACGCUACAAAACCGGCCGGGUCCUCAACAUCUGCGUGUCGAGUGCCGGUAAUGCCGAGCCACGGCUCCUGAACUUCGUGACUGCUCCGGAUGUUUUCAUCUGGUCUGCCGUCUGCGCAUCUUGUGCUGUGCCCAAUGUCUUUCCACCUGCCAACAUAUACGAGAAGGACCCCAUCACCAAGGAGGAAAAAUUGUGGAUGCAAAAUGCUCAGCAGACGUUUGUGGAUGGGUCCCUUGACCACGACAUUCCCAUGAGGAAACUGUCCGAGAUGUUCAACGUCAAUUUCUUCAUCGUCUCCCAAGUCAAUCCGCAUGUUCGCGUGUUUUUGGACCAAGAGGAGGUUUUUCGCGGGAAGCAACCCACGGCGCCCGUCCGCGUCCGGAACCCCCUUCAAACAGCCAAGGAGUUGCUCAGGCAGGAAAUCAUACAUCGCGCCCAACAGCUCUCAGAUCUCGGCCUCCCUCAGGGAUUGUACAGAUGGGCCUCCCUUUUCAACCAACAGUACACUGGCGACAUCAACGUUUUGCCCGAGAUCAAGCCCAGCGAGUAUCUCCACAUGAUGAUGAAUCCCACGCCGGAGUUCAUGGUGGAAGCCACCGUGGCCGGAGAACGGGCGACGUGGCCCCGCAUGUGUCGCAUCAAGAACUGUGUUGCGAUCGAGCUGGCUCUGAUACAGGCCAUUCACACCCUGCGGGACCGAGUGAACUUUGGCCCCGAGGCUAGAGCGGCCCGCGAGCAGAAAAGAUCCAGGAGCAGGGGCCGGGCAGGCCGCGGUCGCUCAGCUCGUCCAUCAUUCUUGAGAAGGCGCAGCCUUAGCAUCGAGUCUCCUGUGAAGGGCGACAAUGCAUUGACAGUGCCGCAGCCUUUGAAAGUCCGCCGCAAUGUCAGCCUGGGAAAUAUCUCCGUGAGACCAAGUUUCUCCAUCACGACGCCGCGAACGACACCCUAUUUAUCACCUCAGGUUGGCAUCGACCAGGAUCUCCUCAGUGACGCUUUGGUUAUGACGCGCACCGACUCCAACUCACUGGAUGGGUCGAAUAUAGAUGGCCAUACUGCGGAAGUGUCCAACAUUAGUAGACGAAGGGCUCCCUUUUAG